CUAUACUUAAGAAUCUGCGCCAGAACCGAGAAGGUCUUCUCGUUUUACCUUUCCGGGUCCCGAAAGUAGCGGCUAGAGAGGACGAAGCCAGGAAUUUUUUUUUUCCCAUUUCAUUUCUUUUCGUGUUGUUAAUUUUUCCCUUUUUCUCUCUCUCUCUCUGGUAAACUCGAACGGAAGGAUUGGAGCUAUCCGAUUUUCUGUUUAUAAUCGAUCUUAUCUGUAAAUAUAUUCGGAUCUGAAGAGGGUUUCUGGGUUAUAAGGAGAGUAAAAGAGUGGAUUGAUUGUGAGCUUUGUGGGUUUAUCCUUCUGGGGUUUUGUUUCUGGUUGUUCUAUGGCCGAAAUCUGAAGCCAUGAGGAAGAAGCUUGAUACCCGUUUCCCUGCUUCUCGGAUUAAAAAGAUAAUGCAAGCAGAUGAAGAUGUGGGAAAGAUUGCAAUGGCUGUGCCCCUUUUAGUUUCUAAAGCAUUAGAACUCUUUCUGCAAGAUCUCUGUGAUCGGACAUAUGAAAUUACACUUCAGAGGGGAGCAAAGACAAUGAGUUCUUUGCAUUUAAAACAGUGUGUACAAAGCUUUUCUGUCUUUGAUUUCCUAAAGGAGAUUGUGAGCAAGGUUCCAGAUUUGGGUGGAUCUGAUGCUGGUGGUGAGGAUAAAUCUGUUGCGAAGAGAAGGAAAGUUGUGGAUGAUGAUAAUGACAGUGAUGCUGAGUCGAAGAAGAGCAGAGCGCACGAAAUGGGUCACAGCAGCAGUGGCAGAGGAAGAGGACGGGGCCGUGGAAGAGGCCGUGGUCGAGGCAGGGUAGCACUAGAGAGGGAGAGUGCCCAUUUGGAUAAGUGUGAAGAUGAUCCUGAUAUUUCUCCGCAACACAAUGACAAGCUGAAUGCUAACCUAGAACUGCUGGAAAAUGGAACUGAGGCUAAAGAAUCAAAAGAUAAUGUCAUUAGUGGCUGUAGUGCCGAUUCAGUUGUACGAAACUUUGAUCUAAAUGUGGACUUGGCUGAGAAUGGGGACACGUCAGGUAUGGCAGCUGCAGCUGCAGGCCCAGCCCCAGCCCCAGCCCCAGCCCCAGCCCCUGCCUUAUCGAUAGAGCUUCCUGAGAUGAAGCAUGAGGAAUAUCCAGGCUGGUCCCUGUCAGAAAUGGACAAGAUGGCCAUCGAUCCUCUUCAGUUGGCACAACUCAACAGAAGGAUAGACGAGGACGAAGAAGAUUAUGAUGAAGAAGAAUGACUAUUGGUGAAAUCCCCUUCCUGUGGAUAUGCCAUCUCAGAGGUUAGCAGUAACCCAGUCUGAUAUAUAGGAAAAUGGUAAUAUACUCUUGUUGAGAUAGAUUGUUAGGGAGCUUAGCAAAACAAAGAAGAAAGCCUCAUGUGCAUCAUCCAUCCUCUGGGGAUGAAAUGUGCCCCACUAUAGAAAGGCCAAAAGUUGUUUUCGGCCUCUAGGAUUUGUAUUAUAUGUUGCUAUAUGACCCACUAACGAGAAACGGUUUUCAGACAUUGAUUUCCCUCAGCUUUUAGAAUUUCACAGAUUGUGUGCUAUGAUCAUCAAUGGACUUCUCAGGAAAAUAUUGUCAUGCCCGUCAAGAAUUACAAGUUCAUUGUUAAAGGUGAACUUUUCUUUCCA